AGGGACUACAUGCUUUCAGACUUUAUUGCCUUCGAACAGCCUGGCAUUGUGAAAAACAAGUGCAGUCCAUAUCUGCUGUCAUGUUCACCCAUCACAUUACAACCGCAACUCUUGUGGCCAUGGUACUUCUGCCUGCAGUUGCCAUGGAAAACUGCCCUUCUGCAGGAACCCCUGGACUUCCAGGGAUUCCAGGAAUUCCUGGUCGAGAUGGAAGGGAUGGCGAGAAGGGGGAGAAAGGAGAACCUGGUCUACCACUGAAACCAGGGCUCGUGGCACAGAAAGGACAGAAAGGAGAGCAUGGCCCACCAGGACCCCCUGGGAAGAUUGGGCGAAGCGGGGCCAAGGGUGUGCAGGGCUUCCCUGGCCUAGAGGGGCUCAUGGGAGACAAGGGCAUGGUAGGGGUCCACAAACUGGAGCUCCAGUCUGCCUUCAGUGUCACCCGCCGAACCAAGGCCCACCCCAUCCCAAGAAGCCCUGUGCGCUUCACUAAUGUCAUCACAAACCUCAACAACCACUACAAUGUCGACACAGGCAAGUUUGUCUGCCACAUCCCUGGCACAUAUUAUUUUGUCUACCACGCAUCUUCAGAGGCAUCCCUAUGCGUCUCUCUCGUCCGGGACGGCCAGAAUCUAGCCAGCUUCUGCGACCAUGUGACCUCCAACCUCAACCAAGUGAGCUCUGGAGGACUGACGGUCAAUCUGAACAAAGAUCAGGCAGUCUGGCUGGAGACCAACGACCACAAAGGCAUGAUUGGGGUGGAUGGCAAGCAGAGCGUUUUUUCAGGGUUCCUGCUCUACCCAUACUGAGACAGUGAGUGCCAAAGCUAGAUCCUGACUAAAAUGUACAUUAGUAUGAGAGUAAUUUUGCACUGAAUAUAUGUGAAAAUAGAUCUUUCUUUUAGAAUUGUCAGCAAUCUCCAGGAAUUAUCCUUAGGCCAGUAUCUGACUCGGGUCUCGGCUGUACCUCUUUUCAGUGUGCAUCACCUGCCAUCAGCAUUAUUACUAAAGGGAAAAGUGCUCAGAUACUUAAAUAAAAUGGACAUUUCACAGGUCUAAAAGUGAAUAAGAACUUUUGACUGCCCAAUGCUAGCCACGAUUUAAAGCUGACAUGAUAGGAUUUAAAUUUGAUUGUUUUUUUCCACACUGAUGGCACCCUUUCCUUCUUGCUAUUAAAUUGCAUAUUUAGCUACAUUUCAUGUGUGUUUGUUGAGCAUAAACAACCUUCAGGUUAAAAAAAUUGUCCAUCAGAAUUUAAAUGCUGCAUAUUAUUAAAUGAUUACAGUAGAAUAAACUUGGAUUUUGAAUAAAUAAAUCAGUACUUUUAAACUUCA